UUUUCCAGCACUAUGUGCGUGACCUCUGAACUCCAGGGUUUGCCAGCUCUCCGCCAUAUUGGCUGUUGUCUUGCCGAGAGAAGGCAGGGAAGGUUUUUUUGGUACUGGAAGAAUCGAAACGGUGGCUAUUUCGACCCGUAAACUGGUGCAAACUGGGCCAGAGCGAUUCGUGGAAAGCUGCAUCAUGGCCAGGAAGAAAAGUAAACAGCAAGGAGUCGGGAAUAAGGAGCUGAUCAGUGGACAGCAGAGCCUAUCGAAGAGCCCCGUCUCUCCCGGCGAUGCAGCUGGCGGUGGCGGCGACGGAGAUGCGGGACUGGAAAGACUAGCCAGGGCGAAUCAGCCCCUCCCUCUGUCGUCGGGCCAGCCCAUGCACACCUGCUGUCUGCUGUGUCACCGCGAGUUCAAGGACUGGGGGGCGGGGCCGGCCAACGGACUGCCCCCCCACGGGGCCAAGGUGGCGGACGGCGUGCCGGCGCUCUCCCAGGCCCUGCUCCGCGAGGUGCCGGGCCGCAAGCUGGCCGACGCCGUGCCGUCGCUCUCCCAGUCGCUGCUGGGCGAGGUGCCGCUCUGGAUCUGCCAGAGCUGCCGCAAGAGCGUGGAGGAGGAGGAGCGGCGGGCGACACAGGAACAGACCCUACCGGUUCCCCUGUCGCACGCCUCGUCCUGUAAGGCACAGGCCUGCGGGAACGGCUACCCCGAGCCCAGUGCGGUGGAGUGGGACCCCAGCUCCUUCCUGUCCGCCCACAAGCUCUCUGGCCUCUGGAACUCCGCCCACUCCAAUGGAGGCGGGCACUGUAACCACGGCGCCGGCUCACACUCACAGCAAGGUGGUUUGGUGGGGCCCCCCUGCAUGGACAAACGGGGUCCCCACGAAGCACCGGGGAAGUCGGCCAAACCCUCGGGGGCCAAAGUGUGUCCCUACAGCCACCCGUCGUCCCAGAACCCCAGCGGGACGUCCGCGGGGUCCUCGCUGUCCCCGGGCAGCGCCGACCUCUGCAAGACCACGCCCAAGCACUUCAAAAACAUGUGCCGACGCCCCACUCCUCCAGGCGAGGCAUUUCACUCCAGCGACCAUCACCAACACUCAGACCUGGCGGCCCCGCCCAACAGUCCCACGGGGCUGUCCUCGCACCAUUCCUCCCUGCUGCCCCCCGCCCAGCACGCGCACGCGGCCCCGCCCGGCCCCGCCCUGUCCAGCCACGCCCCCUUCGCCCCCCUGGUGUCCAAGCUGAACGCGGGGUCGGACUGUAGCCCCGCCUCCCUGCACAAGCCCGCCGCCUGCAAGAACUCCCACAUUCCCGCCGUCAGCGCGCCACACGCCAAGCUGGGCCCCGCGCCCUUGGGCUGCAGCCACCCCUGCAACGGGCACAGCAACGGGGCGGUCAGCUCCUCCAACACGGGACACCUCCCCGCCAGCACCUGCAGGGACCAGGCCUGUAAAGGGCACAAGCUGGCGAACGGGACGGUGUGCCACCCGCCCUGCGAGCUGGAGGAGGGCGAGGACGAGGACAGCAGCUCCGAGCGCAGCUCCUGCGCAUCCUCCUCCACCAAUCAGAAGGACGGGAAGUACUGCGACUGCUGCUACUGCGAAUUCUUCGGCCACAACGCGCCCCCGGCGGCGCCCACGAGCCGGAACUACGCGGAGAUCCGGGAGAAGCUGCGCUCCCGCCUCACGCGGCGCAAGGAGGAGCUGCCGCAGCGGCAGGACUCGGACCCGGCCGCGCCCAGCGCCAUCGACCACCGCGACGUGGACGAGCUGCUCGACUUCAUCAACAGCACCGAGCCCAAGCCCGUCAACAGCGCCAAGGCCGCCAAGCGCGCCCGCCACAAGCAGAAGAAGAAGGAGAAGGAGAAGGCGGCUCAGGGCAGUCCGGAGGCCCCCGGCGACGACCCCCGCGCUUCGCCCCUCGAGGUCCUGGAGGAGGUGGGCGGGGCGGCGGAGGGCGAGGGCGGCCGGCUGCUGGAGUGGCCGCAGCUGGAGCUGGAGCGGGUCAACAGCUUCCUGACCAGCCGGCUGGAGGAGAUCAAGAACACCAUCAAGGACUCCAUCCGCGCCUCCUUCAGCAUGUACGACCUCAACCUGGACGUCAACGACUUCCCCAAGAAGGCGGCCACGCUGGAGGGCAACCACCUGCUGUCGCACCUGAACGGCUCGUCCGAGCUGCAGCAGAUCGACCUGGACCUCUCCCCGCUCUCCCUCAGCAGCUUCAAGAGCCACCUGGAGCUGGUCAACGGCUGGGAGGACCGGGACCGGGACCGGGCCCCCAGCCCCGCCCCCUCCCCCGCCCCCUCCCCCAGCCCCGCCCCCUCCCCCUCCCCCUCCCCCUCCGGCCAGGAUGUGCAGCGGCUGCAGGCCACGCCCAGCCUCUCCAAGCUGAUCCGCGUGCGGUCCUCCCCCGAGCGGGGGCCCCCGGCCCACCCCGCCCCCACGCUACAGGGCCCCGCCCCCAAGGCCCAGGAAGACGCGGAGGCCAGGGCCCCGCCCCCUCCCGGCGGGAAGGCCAGGAAGGGGAAGAAGCAGCAGCAGCAGCAGCAGCAGGAGCCCCCCCAGCUCCAGGACCCCCAGCAGGCCAAGCUUCCCCGGGCCGCCCCAGGGAACGAGCCUCACAGGAGCAGGGAGAGCCAGGCCAAGCAGGUCGGCUCCAAACCCGGCUCCAGAGCGCCCCCCCAGUGCCAGACCCCCGCAGGGAAGAGGCCGGAGGAGUGUCCUGGCGGGGACCGGGGCGAGCAGGCCCCCGGAGGUCCCAAACACAGCCGGGUGGACCAGGAGCCUGAGGGCCGAGCCGCUCACCCCGCCCAUGCCAGCUCCCAGCAGCCCAAGGGCAAGAGCAAGAAGAACAAGAACAAAGCGGACAAGGCCAGCAGCUCCAUCGAUGACGUGUUUCUCCCCAAAGACCUGGACCCAACAGAAAUGGAUGAAAUCGACAGAGAGGUUGAAUACUUCAAGAGAUUCUGCCUGGAUUCUGCUAAACAGACUCGUCAGAAGGUUGCAGUGAACUGGUCCAACUUCAGCCUGAAGAAGGUUCCUUCCAACGCAGCGCAGUAGGGGGGUCGGAUCGGGGAACCCCUCUCCGUUCCGCCCCAGAAACCAGAACUGGCCCGAGGCCUCAACCCUGACACACCCCCUCCUCCUCCUCCUCCCCACCCAGACCGCCCCUGCCGCACCUCCAGGCGCCCACAGCGACCUUUGCCCCUUUCCACGGGGUCGACUUUUCUCUGGCCUGUGCCGGUAGCCAUCGUCGAGACUUGCACCACCUGAUCAUAGCCAGAGACCAGAGCCCACCUGCUGCUACCAGUCAGGCUGCUUGACCAGAGCUGUCUGUUAGAUAACCCCCACAUAAAGUACCUGUCUGUGGCUGCAGACCCGCCUCCGUGCUCAAACCCUAUGUAUACUCUGUAAAUCAAUUACUUUACUAUUAAAAUUCUCAUUUUUAUUGCCA